AUGUCCGACGAACCAAACAACCUAGCGGCGGAUACGAAUGGUAAUAUCGAUGAGAAGAUAAAGUUGGAAGAAGACGAACUAGCACCGGUACCAGGAGACCCGAUAGUACCGAAGGAAGAGGAAGAUCAAAAUCAAGAUAUCGAUAUCGAUAAGGAAGCAAAAGGGUUGAAGGUCGAAGCAUUGCGAGUUUUGUGCGACACGAAGAAGCGGGAUGAGAUAGCGGCGCUAGCACUUUCGGAGCAUGGCCUUGUGAACGACGAAAUAAGAAAGAGAGCUUGGCCAAUUCUAUUGGGUUACGAUUCUUCAGUCAUAAAAACGGAACUCGAAGAUGCAAAAGUAAAACUCGAAGAUGACAAAAUCAUAUUACAAGACUACCUCGGCCGGGUCCCGUAUACGGAUUUACCAUCGCACCGUGAUGAGGAACAAGUGGCAUUAGAUGUUAAUAGGUCGUUCGUCUACUACCCAUCUGGUCUUACAUCUGAAGAAAUGGAUGCCCAGAAGCAGGAACUCCAGGACCUUAUAGUGGAAGUGCUGCGGCGACAUCCCAUCUUAUGCUACUUCCAAGGAUUCCACGACAUCUGUCAAGUGAUAUUACUAGUUCUUGGUCCCAAGCUCGCCCCGUUGGCCGUGGAGUACAUGUCGUUGCUCAGAGUACGAGACUUUAUGCUCCCGGCACUAGGGCCAGCACUCUGGCACUUGAAGUUGUUACAUCCGAUAUUGUUUGCGGCGGACGAGAAACUAUGCCGUCAUCUUUCAACGACACAGCCAUUCUUUGCCCUUGCUGCGACUUUGACAUUAUACGCCCACGAUAUCCAAGCAUAUGGUGACAUCGCCCGACUUUUCGAUGCAUUCUUAGCUGAGUCACCAAUAUUUCCGAUAUAUUUUUUCGCUACGAUUGUGAUGUCGCGGCAAGAAGAACUCUUCGACAUCCCAGAUACCGAGCCGGAAAUGCUCCAUUCGAUACUUUGUAAACUUCCUAAGCCGCUAGAUCUGGAAGGUUUAAUAUCGAAAGCAAUCGACCUACAAUCAUCUCACCCGCCUCAUACUUUAGGGGUAUGGAGUAAAGUUCCAAGUAGCAGCGUCUUGAAGACUUACAGGAGCCCAGUACGAUCAAGUGGCAGUGUUGUCAAGAAAAACGUCAAAAGAGACUUACUACGGGGGGAGGCUCUGUUUAAGAAGCAAGCGAGCCAGCUAUCGAGAGAGCAGUUCAAGACACAAGUAAUAACUAACUUGCACACGCACAAAAGCAUGAUCGGCUGGACAGUCCUUGCGGGUGUAUCCGCAAUAGCACUCGGCUACUACCUUGGCAAGAGAGGGCUGGAUACCAAAUCGGUCUGGCAGGCCCUAGCAGUAAAUUUUUGA